AGAAAUCAAAAGAACAUGAUCCUCACAGUGCUGCCUGCUUUGUCCAGCUGACCAAUCUGUGUUUUUCUGUGUUUGAGGUGGAAUAUACGGCUAAGUUGAUGUUGACGUGAAUUUGAAAACAUGGAGGCAUCUGAUGACAAAGAAGAGGAAGUUCCCUGCUCUGAAAACACUUUAUGCAAGGAACAAGAGGGCAAGAGGAAACAACAGAAAGAAGAACCCAGACCAACCUGUCUGUCCUUUAAGAGCAGCCACUCAAAAGAACCCUUUAUUAGUUUUAAUCUUGACCAACCUUCAGAUGCAAAAAGACUUGACCAGAUCUCUGACGUUGGUCAACCUCCCCCUGAGCAUCAAAUGCAGCUGGGCUCCAUAAUUAUGGAACUGGAGAAAAAGAUUGUGAUGUUUGUGAAGGACGAGCUGAAGGAAAUCCAAAAGGUCUUGUGUUCAGAUUACCUCGAAUGUUCUGAGGGUCUGGAAGAGGAUGAGAGGGUGUCUGGAAAUAAGGAUGAAAAGCAGAGCAGCAGGAGCAGUAGAGAGGCAUUUUUAAAGAUCACUGUUGACUUCUUGAGAAUGAUGAAUCUGGAUGACCUAGCUGACCUUCUGCAGAGCAAGUCAUUCAUCACAUAUCAACAAACACUAAAGUCUAACCUGAAGAAGAAGCUCCAGUUUGUGUUUGAAGGAAUUGCUAAAUCAGGAAAUCAAACAUUUCUAAAUCAGAUUUACACAGAGCUCUACAUCACAGAAGGAGACUCUGGAGAUGUCAAUAAGGAACAUGAGGUCAGACAGAUUGAAUCAGUGUCCUGGAAACCAGACAGACCAGAAACAACAAUUAGACAUGAAGACAUAUUUAAACCCUCACCUGAAAGAGAUGAACCAAUCAGAGCAGUGAUGACAAAGGGAGUGGCUGGCAUUGGGAAAACAGUCCUGACACAAAAGUUCACUCUGGACUGGGCAGAAGACCAAACCAACCAGGACAUUCAGUUCACGUUUCCAUUCACAUUCAGAGAGUUGAAUCUGUUAAAAGACCAGCAGUUCAGCUUGGUGGAUCUUGUUCAUCAUUUUUUUAGUGAAACCAGAGGGAUCUCCAGGUUUGAAGAGUUAAAGGUUGUGUUCAUCUUUGAUGGUUUGGAUGAGAGUCGACUUCCACUGGACUUCCACAACAACGAGAUCCUGACAGAUGUAAGAAAGUCCACUUCAGUGGAUGUUCUUCUGACAAACCUCAUCAGCGGGAACCUGCUUCCCAAAGCUCACCUCUGGAUAACCACACGACCUGCAGCAGCCAGUCGAAUUCCUCCUGAGUUUGUUGGCAAGAUGACAGAGAUCAGAGGAUUCACUGACCCACAGAAAGAUGAGUACUUCACCAAAAGAUUUAAAUAUAAGAAGAAGGCCAGAAUGGUAAUCUACCAUAUAAAGAAAUCAAGAACUCUCCACAUCAUGUGCCACAUCCCAAUCUUCUGCUGGAUCACUGCUACAGUUGUGGAAGACAUGUUGAACAAGAAAGAUGAGGAGCUGCCAAAGACCCUGACUGAGAUGUACAUUCACUUCCUGGUAGUGCAGAACAACCUAAAGGUCAUCAAGUAUGAUGGCCUUCAGUGUGAGACAGAUUCACACUGGAGUGCAGAGAGCCGGAAAAUGAUCGAGUCCUUGGGAAAAUUGGCUUAUGAACAGCUGAUGAAAGGAAACGUGAUUUUCUAUGAAUCAGACUUGGCUGAGUGUGGCAUUGGCAUCAGAGCAGCUUCAGUGUGCUCAGGAGUGUUCACAGAGAUCUUCCGAGAAGAGAGAGGACUGUACCAGAACAAAGUCUUCUGCUUUGUCCACCUGAGCGUUCAGGAGUUUCUGGCUGCUCUGCAUGUUCACCUGACCUUCAUCAAAUCUGGAGUCAAUCUGCUGGCAAAAGGUGAAACGAAAUCCAAGGAAUUGGAAAAAAGAAAGCAUGAAUCUCCAGAGAUAAUGUACAAGAGUGCUGUGGACAUGGCCCUAGAGAGUCCAGAUGGACACCUGGACUUGUUCCUCCGCUUUCUACUUGGUCUUUCACUGGAGACCAAUAAGCGUCACUUAAGAGGCUUUGUGGCACAGACAGAAGAAAGUUUAGCAAUUAAUAAAGACACAGCCCAGUACAUCAAGGAGAAGUUGAAUCAUCAUGGUGUUGAGAAAAUCAUCAAUCUGUUCCACUGUCUAAGUGAACUAAAUGAUCAGUCUCUGAUGGAGGAAAUUCAACAAUCUUUAAAUACAGGAAGUCUUUCAGCACACCAGCUGUCUCCUGCUCAGUGGUCAGCACUGCUCUUCAUCCUACUUUCAUCAGAAAAAGGUCUGGAGACAUUUGACAUGAAAAAAUACUUUGCUUCAGAGAAUGCUUUACUGAGGCUGCUGCCAAUGGUCAAAAUCAUUAGCAAAGUUAUACUGAGUGGGUGUAACCUCUCAGAGAGAAGCUGUGAAGCUCUGUCCUCAUUGCUCAGCUCAACAUCCUCUAGUCUCAGAGAUCUGGACCUGAGUAACAAUGACCUGACAGAUUCAGGAGUGAAGCUGCUGUGCAAUGGACUGAUGAGUCCCAACUGAGAACUCAAAAUUCUGAGGCUUUCAGGCUGCCUGAUCACAGACGAAGGCUUUGCUGCUCUGGCCUCAGCUCUGACUAUGAACCCGUCUCACCUGAAGGAGCUGGACCUGAGUUUCAAUUAUCCUAGAGAGGCAGGAAUGGAGAGGCUAGCAGCUAUACUGAAGAAUCCAAGCUUCAGGCUGGAGUCUCUCAACAUGGAACCUGGAGGAGAAAGAUGGUUGACACCAGGUCUGAGGAAGUAUUCCUGUCCACUAACAGUCGACCUAAACACUGUAAACAGAUUUCUCAAACUGUCUGACAAAAACAGGAAGGUGACACUUGUGGAGGAAGAGCAGCCGUAUCCUGAUCAUGCAGACAGAUUUGACCUCAAUCAGUUGCUGUGUACUGAUGGUCUGACGGGUCGCUGUUACUGGGAGGUUGAGUGGGGUGGGAAAGUCUAUGUAUCACUGAGUUACAGGGGAAUCAAUAGAAAAGGAGUAAAUGACGAUUCCUGGUUUGGACUGAAUGAUAACUCCUGGAGUCUAGUCUGCUCUGAUGAUGGUUACACUGUUUGGCACAAUGGAGAAAAAGCUUUCAUCCCCGUCUCUUCCUACUCCUCGUCUCCCUCUGGCAGAGUAGCGGUGUAUGUGGACUGUCCUGCUGGGACUCUGUCCUUCUACAGAGUCUCUUCAGAUACACUGAUCCACCUCUACACUGCCAACACCAAAUUCACUGAACCUCUUUAUCCUGGAUUUGGAUUUGAGUACAGGACAGGUUCUUGGAUGUCUUUGUGUUCACUUUAAGCUCCCAAGUUUUAGUUAUUGUCAUCAUUCAUCGUGACUAAACUGUCACAAUAAAUAUAAUGUAUUUUUCCAGACUUUUAGUCGUUCCAGAGGAUAAGUCACAUCAAUCAAAAAUCACGUCACACAGAAGUAGAGUUUAGAACAUUUCUGAAAAAUCCAACCUGACCCAGCCUGAGCCUGUUUACAAUGUGUCCGAGCCCGACCUGACUAACUUUGUUGGCCCAAAUUAAACCCGAUUUAUUAUUUUAAUCAAGAUUUUGCUGUUUCGUUUUUAGAUUAUAAUUUGAGCAUAGCAGUGUAAAUUCUGCUGUUUUUAGCUUUUGCUUAACACCUUUCAGCUCCAUCUUGUUGCUUGUUUUAACUACAUGAGUCAAGUGCAAAUCAUCUGAGAUGUGUGACUGAUAAAAUUAGAGCAGAAAGGGGUUACAUGUGCAUUAGUGCACUGCACUUUUACACUCCAAUUAACUUCUGCCUUUUUCCUUUCAUCAAUAAAAUAAAUUACCUCUUCCAGUAUUAAGACUAUAAUAAGCUGAUUAGCACAACUUCAUAUCCUGCAUUCUCGUUUGAUUUUCUCUGUGCUGUAUGAAUUGUGGGCUUAUUAAAUGCACCACAGCAGCUAGAGCCAACCAUCAAGCAGAUCAUUUUUGGCCUGACCUGUUCCACAUUUUGGGUCAGGUUCCAGUUGAGCUUGGGCCAUAAAUCUAAACUCAACACUGGACUAAAAGACACAUCUAUUUAGAAAGUCUUAAAUGUGAGUGGGACCUCGUCCAAGUUGAUUUGAUCCUACAUGUUGAGUUCAGUUGCCUGUUUUUCAACAAACUAAUGGAAACUGUUGAGUUUGGCUUGAAAGUCGGAGCACCGAUGUCUGCGCUCUGAGAGGCUGUUGCAUUGCAUGAAGUGGUAACAGCAAGAAGGCCCAUCUGUAAAGUAAUUUAUAUCAAUUUCUUUGGCAACUACCAGGGUGUGGAGAUGUAGCUCCACCAUUGACAAGCCUCUUCCAUCAACACGUUCUUCAAUAACACAUUUGUGGACUCGUUUCUCAGGCUCUGGCCAUCUUGCUUUCACUCCGGAUUAGCUUUCUUCACAGAUGGUAAUGUUAACUCCUCAGUUCAUGUCCAUCAGUAUAACAUUUAACACAUGAAUCAAAAAUGCAUCAUGAAGAGGGAAAAAGUUGCACCUGAUUAUAAGUCGCAGGAGCACCAAACUAUGAAAAAAAGCGUGAUAGUCUGAAAAAUAUGGUAAACAGAACUUUGAUCUUUAGACAAAAACUGAUCAAUCAUUCAAUAAAUUGGCAGCUGUUAAAAUAAGCCAGUCUUUUCUUCCUGUUAAUCCAUCCAUCCAUCCAUCCAUCCAUCCAUCCAUCCAUCUUCUUCCGCUUAUCCG